AGGAAACAGUUUGAGAUUUUUUCUCAGUAAAGAGACACUGAUACGAUCAGACGGAGCUUCAGCGUCCUCAAACUGAGUCCAGCUACAACACUGCUGCUUCCAGCUGCUGACACUCCAAACACUGAAGAUUCACUCACAGAACAAAUGGCUUCCAGAUCAGAGGAGGAUUUCUGCUGUCCGGUCUGUCAGGACGUCUUCACAGAUCCUGUUCUUCUGUCAUGUAGCCACAGCUUCUGUAGAGACUGUCUGAAGACCUGGUGGAGACAGAAACCAACACGCGACUGUCCAGUUUGUAAGAGAAGAUCUUCAAGAGAAGAUCCACCUUCUAACCUGGUUUUAAAGAAUCUGUGUGAGUCCUUCCAUCAGCAGAGAUCUCAGAGAUCAUCAGAGUCUCUCUGCAGUUUACACUCUGAGAAACUCAAACUCUUCUGUCUGGAUCAUCAGCAGCCAGUGUGUGUCGUGUGCAGAGAUCCAAAAAAACACUUCAACCACAGAUUCAGACCCAUCGAUGAAGCUGCACGACAACAAAAGAAGAAACUUCAGGAAACUCUGAAGCCCUUAAAGGAGAAGCUGAAGGUUUCUGAACAAGUUAAAGUGGAGUUUGAUCAAACAGCAGAACACAUUAAGGUCCAGGCCCGACACACAGAGAGGCAGAUUAAGGAGCAGUUUGAGAAGCUUCACCAGUUUCUGAUAAAGGAAGAGGAGGCCAGGAUGGCUGCACUGAGGGAGGAAGAGGAGCAGAAGACUGGGAUGAUGAAGGAGAAGAUGGAGGCUCUGAGCAGAGAGAUAGCAGAUCUUUCAGACACAGUCAGAGCCACAGAGGAGCAGCUGAGAGCUGAAGACGUCUCAUUCCUGCUAAACUACAAGGCUGCAGUGGAAAGAGUCCAGCGCUGCCUCCUGCUGGAGGAUCCACAGCUGCUCUCAGGAGCUCUCAUAGACCAGGCCAAACAUGUGGGCAACCUGAGCUUCAACAUCUGGAACAACAUGAAGGACAUGGUCUCCUACACUCCUCUCAUUCUGGACCCAAACACUGCAUAUCCAAAACUCAUCCUGUCUGAAGAUCUGACCAGUGUGAGAUUUGGAGAUGAACAGCAGCUUCCUGAUAAUCCAGAGAGAUUUGAUGAUUCCUUUUCUGUUCUGAGCUCUGAAGGUUUCAACUCAGGAACUCACAGCUGGAACGUUGAGGUUGGAGACAGUAAAUUCUGGGCACUGGGUGCAUUAGAAGAGUCUGUCCAGAGGAAGGGAAACAUAUGGUCUGGAUUUUGGGGAAUAUGGUUCUCUGAAGAUAACUACUAUGCAGAAUCAUCAUCUGCUUUCUUCACUUUUCUCUCAGUGCAGAAGAAGCUCCAGAGGAUCAGAGUGAAUCUGGACUGUAACAGAGGAAAGCUGUCCUUCUCAGAUCCUGAUACUAAAACACUCAUACACACCUUCAAUCACACUUUCACUCAGAAGAUGUUUCUGUACAUUUACACUUGGGAUAAAGUAAAGAUUUUACCAGAGAAGGUCUCAGUGACAGUGGAACAGAUCAGUUAAGAGGUAAAAAAGAUGAUAAUAUUUCUGGAGUGGUUUGCAGCAGAGUGUGAACCAGGGGAGAUGUGGAUCAGCACUUCCAAGUCCACGGCCAUGGUUCUCUGACAUAAACCAAUGGAUUGUUCCCUACAGGUUGGGGGGGAGUUGCUUCCUCAAAAGGAUACAGUUGAGGUGGUUUGGACAUUUGAUUCAGAUGUCUGCAGGGCAACUUCCUCUGGAGGAUUUCCAAACGCAUGCAUGGAUGGAUGCAUGGAUGGAUGGAUGGAUGGAUGGAUGGAUGGAUAAAUAUGGAAAAUAUCUUCAAGUCUCUUCUGAACUUCUGCUGCUUGGACACUUGUUUAACAUCAGUCUGCUGUUGAUGCUCAUUCUGAGUUUUGGCUCCAAUAAAACACCACAUUUUGGAAAAACAGUCCACUGCUGUUUGAGUUUGUCUGCAUUUGUACGCAGAUUUAUUCCAGUUUUUCAUGAAAUCACGUUUGAUGUCAUUUUAAACACCUGAUCAGUAGGAUUUCACAUCUGUAAUCAUAAAAGUUUUUUUUAAAUUAACCACAUCAAUAUGUUGAAGGAAUUAUUUUAUAUCCGUCAGCUCUAAAGGUGUUUGACCUCUCAUGGACAUUGAAGCUCAACACAUCUGGAGUUGGUUUGAUGCUGAUCUGAAUUUUGCUCCGAUUCUAUGUAUCAGGAAAUCACUGGAAUGGAAAAGAGGCUUUUGGCUUUUGAACUUUUCUGCAUUAUAAGGAUUUUUCUUCAAUGUCAGCCUUUUUAUUGGAGCUUUUCUUCACCAACUAUCAAUUUUAUCCACACUGUGAUCUUCUUGGUCGGUGAUUUUUUUCCUUUAUUGACCUUUUCAAUGUAAUGGUGGAAACUAGUUUUUGUAAUAACAUUUUUAGAUGGAUGCGUUUUUAUAUGCAACUACACAAAAAGUAAUAUUCUGUAUUAUUAUCUGUCAGCAGCAGCAGUUAAUAAAUGUUUUGUGUGAGAUUAGA